CCCUCUCUCUCCUCCUUCCUACCAUCCGACCCUAACAACAAUAACAACAACCGCACCCUAACCGCCUCCCGAACCCUCCCCUACCCACCCCAAGGCCUCUAUAAAGUCAUCUCCUCCGUCGAAUCCUACUCGCAAUUCCUCCCCUUCCUCACAGCCUCGACCGUCACAGCCCGCGACCCAGAAUCAAACUACCCCACCCGCGCUUUCCUUACAAUCGGCUACGGCCCGCUCAGCGAGACCUUCACCUCGCGCGUGGACUGUGACGAGGGCAAAUGGGUCGUUGAGGCGCGCAGUGGAGCCAAGUUCGGGGUGGACUCGAAGAUGGGACAGGAGGGGCUGGAUUUCCCCGGUGCGAAUGAGGGGAUUUUUGAGUACUUGAGUACGCGGUGGGAGUUGGUUCCGUCUGUUGAUGGGAGGUCGACGAGGGUGGAUUUGGAGAUUCAGUUUGAAUUUCGGAAUCAGAUGCAUGCGAUGAUGAUGAGUGCUGUUGAGGGUCAGAUGGCUGGGGUUAUGAUUGAGGCUUUUGAGAAGAGGAUUCGGGAGAGGGCUGGUGAUGCAUAG